AGAGUCAUUCCCCAACCCACUUCUCAGCUUGCACCUCCUUGUGCACUUCUUCAGCCCUUCAACCCUACCAAAAUGGCUAUGAUGAUGCGCAAGGCCGCGGCUGUGCCCGCUUCUUCCCGCCGCUCGGUGGCUGUCAACUCCGUGAGCGGCAAGCGCACCGUGAGCGGCAAGGCCGGCGCCCCCGUGCCCGAGGACGUCCUGGCCUACGCCAAGACCCUGCCCGGUGUUACCGCUCCCUUCGACAACGUGUUCGACCCCGCUGGCUUCCUGGCCACUGCCUCCGUCAAGGAUGUCCGUCGCUGGCGCGAGUCUGAGAUCACCCACGGCCGCGUUGCUAUGCUUGCCGCUCUGGGCUUCAUCGUUGGCGAGCAGCUGCAGGACUUCCCCCUGUUCUUCAACUUCGACGGCCGCGUGUCUGGCCCCGCCAUCUACCACUUCCAGCAGAUCGGCCAGGGCUUCUGGGAGCCCCUGCUGAUCGCCAUCGGUGUGGCCGAGUCCUACCGUGUCGCCGUCGGCUGGGCCACCCCCACCGGCACCGGCUUCAACUCCCUGAAGGACGACUACGAGCCCGGUGACCUGGGCUUCGACCCCCUGGGCCUCAAGCCCACCGACCCCGAGGAGCUGAAGACCCUGCAGACCAAGGAGCUGAACAACGGCCGCCUGGCCAUGAUCGCCAUCGCCGCCUUCGUGGCCCAGGAGCUGGUGGAGCAGACCGAGAUCUUCGAGCACCUGGUUCUGCGCUUCGAGAAGGAGGUUAUCCUGGAGCUGGAGGACGUCGAGCGCGACCUGGGCCUGCCCCUCACCCCCCUGCCCGACAACCUCAAGGCCAUCUAAGUGCCUCUUCCUCGAUCGUGAUCUGCUUCACGGUUUGGUCGCGGGCGGCUUCGGUUGCAAUGUCGUUCAUGGGUGGUACCCGGCGAACGGUGCGGCGAGCGCGGGAUGGAUGGUGUAGCGUUGUGUGAGUCGCUGGUAAUUUUUUUACACACGCGCUGUUGGCAGAAUUGUGUGACAUGGGAUGGGGAUUGACACGCGCGCAGCUGCAGCACGCGGCAUGGGCAUGCGGAAAUGCGUGUCGCGGGUGGGUCCUGGGCAGCGCAACUAGACACUACGGAGCAGAGAAUUCUUUUGCGAACAUAUACAGGAGUGCUGUGAAUGUGGUUGAGUGCUGAGCGGACCGACUUGCACGUGUGUGGAGUGGUUAGUUGAAGCUGUGGCGUCUCAGGCUUUGCGAUGCAUCCAGCCCGGCUUGCUUGGCUGGCACGGUUGCAAGCGCCAGGCUGAGAGGGCCAAAGAAUAAGAGCGUGACAGCCGGAUGAGGCGAUGACUGCAAUUCGUGCAUCGCUGUACACACAUAAGUUUUGACGCUGUGAGCGUGAGUGCAUCGGAUGUAUAAGAAAUGGGCUGCUGUAUAUUUGCUUGUGCGCCCUGGUUGUUUAACAUGUAUUAAGCAUGUGCUUUCAAACACAUGCUGGAUUCGGAUCGUAUCUUCCCCCUCUCAUGGGAAGAGAAAGCUCACCACCUCAGGGUGAUACGCUGUAACCCGGAAAGAUG